AUGGGGACAGGUGGACCCCGUGGCGGAUCUCGCUCACGCCAUUCCCAUGUCCAACCACUAGGUGCUAAUUUUUCGAGUGCUUCCGGUAAAUCAGGUUUGUCGCGUUCCUGCCAGGCAGCUCUGCCGGAUUAUGGUUUUUUGGAAACUUCAAUUUGGCCCUCUUCAACAUCCCCGUCGGUUUUCGAGGUACAUUGUGUCUUAAUAACAACUUGGUCAAUAAUUGUAUUGACAUCAGCAAACAUAUUUGACUAUGGCACUAAGAUUGGAAAAACAAAUGGAUUUCUGCAAUUUGGAAUUCGCACGAAAAGAAAUGCUCCGAAUCCUGAAAAACGGGAUAUAAGCUUGGCUUAUUCUGCAACAAACAUAAAUUCCAAAGAGGGUACACAGGUAAAAACUGUAACAGUGAUCAAAAACAUAGGAACUGACAGAAACUCUGGAACACUGCAAAUAAAGCCAGAAUUGUCUAAAAGCGAGGUAUGGACAAACACAUUCAAAGACAAUUUCCACGGCUAUGGAGUAAUACCAGACGUCCCUGACGUUGAAGAUCUCUUCGAGUAUGUGAAUAAAAAACAUAUUGUCGUAGAAAACAAUAAGGAGCAUAGCAAAAGUGGCGGUGAUGAAAUGAAACAAAAGAAUAAUGUUACACCAAAGCAAACAGAAAAACCCACAUUCGAAGAAUCGUCUGAGGAGUUUGUGGAAAAAAUUGAGGGCGAUGCUGAACUUUUGCCGAAAGUCAACACUAGCAAAUUGAAAACACGCGAAUCUUUGGUAGAUUUUAACUAUUCCACACCUCAACAUUCAGUACACCAGUAUUUUGAUAAUUAUGUCCAAUUGAAUCCCAGUCAUAAUAUCGGGUAUAGUUACCCCAAGCCGUGUAUACACGAGCAACCUGUCGGAAGUGAAGUGGUGGUCACUCCAUCGGGAAAAACGUAUAAUAUUCCAAAAAACAAUACGAAUGCAGAUAUAAACCCGUAUUUGGCACCUUCCGUAACAAGAAGGCCCCAAAUUAGUCAGCAGACACAAUCAACCGUUGGACAAACAAAAGCUCCUGUUUUCCCCAUAAACUCAUUGUUACCGCCAUUGCAGCAGCAGCAACCAGGUCCCGUCAUACAACAAUCAAACACAUUGGUUACCCAACAACCUACAUCCGCCUCGCCACAGCAACAACAAACAAAUAAUCAACAGCAAUCUCAAUCGUUACUUCCGUCAACAAGCCAACGUCCAUAUGUUGCACCCAAUCUACGAUCAGGGUUGAAUGCAGUCAGUCGCGGACCAGCAUCAACCGCAAUUGCUAGUGUUGGCUCUCCAUCAAAUCGAGUAUAUCGAAUCAAUUCAUACAAUACGAUAUUUAGGAAGCCCAAUGCUUCCAGGUCACGAGGCUUGAAAUAUUAA